AUGCCCUGUGCAGAAGACUGCGGACUGGCAGGAGGAGGCAACAACAGCAACCCUUCGGACAGUCUUCUGCCCAACCAAGGCCUCCGCAGGGGCCUAGACCACCAUUUUGAGGGUUCAGUCGAGGACGGCCUACCGGACAGAUCUCUGGAUCCUCCCAACCUUACCUUUUCAUCACGUCUGUCCCCCUUCUAUCGUGCGUGGGCCCGGAUCACGUCAGACGCUUGGGUGCUUCGCACGGUAGAGGAGGGAUAUUCUAUUCAGUUUUCCUCCCUCCCGCCCCACCAGCCCCCCUCCCCGUCCCUCUUCAGGGACCCCUCUCACGAGCAACUUCUCCUUCAAGAAGUUCAGUCCCUCCUUACAGCAGGGGCAGUGGAGAAGGUGCCUCGAGAACUACGGGGCAAGGGCUUCUAUUCUCGAUAUUUCCUAAUACCGAAAGUGAAAGGGGGCCUCAGACCUCUUCUGGACUUGCGGCGUCUCAACAAGUUUGUCAAGAAGCUCAAGUUCCGCAUGGUCUCCCUGUCCUCCAUCAUUCCUUCCCUGGAUCCAGGAGACUGGUAUGCCGCCCUCGACUUAAAGGAUGCAUACUUCCAUAUCGCGAUAAUCCCUCGCCACAGGCGUUACCUCAGGUUUCUCGUCGGCAACGUUCAUCUACAGUUCACGGUCCUACCCUUCGGUCUAUCAGCAGCCCCAAGGGUCUUCACAAAGUGCAUGGCAGUCGUGGCAGCCUUCCUCCGCAGUCAAGGGAUCCAGGUAUUCCCUUACCUGGACGAUUGGCUCAUCAAGGGCAGGACCAAGGCACUCGUGGAGGCUCAGGUGGUCUUCAUCAGGCACACCUUCAGCUCCCUCGGCCUCUUACUCAACGAGGCCAAGUCCACUCUUUCUCCAACACAAAGAAUCGAAUUCAUAGGAGCACUUCUGGACUCGACACAAGCCAGAGCAUAUCUCCCAGAGGCCAGAUUCCGAACUUUGUCCAACAUCAUUCUCGGCCUCCAAAGUUACCCUACCACCACAGUAAGAAGCUGCCUCAAAUUACUAGGGCACAUGGCAGCAUGUACCUAUGUCGUCAGACACGCCAGGCUCAGACUGUGCCCUCUCCAAUCUUGGUUGGCAGGGGUUUAUCGGCCAGUCAGGGACUCCCUAGACUCAGUGGUGACGUUACCUCGUCCAGUGUUGGACUCCCUCCAAUGGUGGCUCGACCCACGGGUGGUCUGCGCGGGGGUCCCUUUCCUCGAACCAGAGCCCUCCCAGACCCUGGUAACGGACGCGUCGGAUCAGGGAUGGGGUGCACAUCUGGGCCACCUCCGGACCCAAGGUCUUUGGUCGAGGGAGGAUCUUUCAUCGCACAACAAUGUCAGGGAAUUGCGAGCGGUACGCCUCGCAUGCAUGGCAUUCAAGUCCCAGCUCGCGGGCAAGUGUGUUUCUGUCCUCACAGACAAUACUCCAACGAUGUUUUAUAUCAACAAACAGGGUGGGGCUCGCUCCUCUCCCCUUUGCCAGGAGGCCCAAGCAUUACGGGACUUUUGCGUACAGAACGUAAUUCACCUGAUAGCAUCCUACCUCCCCGGCACGCACAACGCGCUCGCGGACACUCUCAGCCGCUCGUUCCAGGGUCACGAGUGGUCUAUCCGCUGGGAUGUAGUUCUCUCAAUUUUCCGACUCUGGGGUCAUCCCCGAGUGGACUUGUUUGCUUCCAACGAGAACAGGAAGUGUCGUCAAUUCUGCUCCCUCAUGGGACACAGAGAAACUGAAAAUGUGCCAGUGAGUAACCCUGCAACACAGAUUUCUCAGUUGCAGGCACUGGCCUCUGAACUAAAAACUGGUUUCACUGAAGCAAUGCAGGAACUUUCAAGAAUUCAGCAUGGAGAGUAUGCUCUGGAGGAGAAGGUUAAGAGCUGCCACUGCACAAUGGAAGAGAAAGUGUCCGAGAUGAAGAAUUCGCUGAACUCUUUCAAGGAGGAGCUCAGUGAUGCCAAGUCGAAGAUUGAAGUGAUCAGUGCCAAGCAAGAGGAAAUGCAACAGAAAAUUGAACAGCUGCAACAAGAGAAACGUCGGGAAUCCCGGAAAGUGAAAACUAAAAGAACACAAAAGGAUGAACACGGGUCACAAACGGUGCCUACUCCUCUACAAGGCAGUCCGUUCCGAUCGAUAAAUCUCCCGGAACCUGUACUGAUUAAUGAAGAUUUUACAAGUCUUUUGCACCAUGCAACCUAUGAGAGAGUCUCCGAUACCAGAUCCAUGGCAGCUGGAGAAGGAAAUGUGAAAGUAGUGUCAGGCACUGGGGGGAGCAGUGCAAAUCCAGAGACAGAAGAAAGCCUCAAGCCUUCCUUGCCAGCUGACAUUCAGCCAAAGGGUCACCCCCCAUCGACUGUGUGGAAGCAGCCCAAGGACAGCAAAGAGUGGGGUGAUGAAUAUAUUUCUAAGGAGCACCCAGACAGAGUGAAGGAAACAGGCCAAAGCAGAUACACCUCAGUGGACAAUGUCUUAUGUGAAACUUCUUUCGCUGCCAAAAGACAGAGCAUCGCUUUGGAGCUGCUCGAGUCUGAGAGGAAAUAUGUCAUCAACCUGUCCCUGAUCCUGAAGAUCAAAGCCACAUUGCAAGGCUCAGAUGUGAAGAGGAACACCAAAGAGAGAAGUUUCUUCCCCGGUUCUUUACGAUACCUGGUCCAGCAGCAUGUAGACUUACUUCACAUGCUGCAAGAGAGGGUGCUGAGUUGGCCACGUCCAGGAAUCCUGGGAGACAUAUUCCUGAAGUUAACAAACGAUGAGAACAAUUUUCUGGACUACUACAUUGCUUACUUGAGGGACCUGCCGGAAUGCAUCUCACUGAUCCACGUGGUGAUUCUGAAGGAGGUGGAAGAAGAAAUUAAGUCUGACCUCUACAUGCUGUUCUUUCAUAUAGUCCAGCGUAUCCCCGAAUACCUUAUUCACUUACAGAAUGUCCUGAAGUACACCGAGCAAGAGCACCCCGAUUACUACCUGCUCCUGGUGUGUGUGCAGCGCUUCCGCAUUUUCGUCUCGCACUACAGCCUGCUAUUACAGUGCAAUGAAGACCUGCUCAUACAGAAACGGAAAAAGCUGAAGAAGUCGUCCCUGGUUAAGUUAUACAAAGGUCUGGCUUCUCAGUGUGCCAGUGCCAGCCAGGAGGUUUCUCAGACACCCAGCACAACAGCCAUCCGAGACAGCGGGAUCCACUGCGAAGAGGUGAUGCAGCCGUUCCCAGCAGCCCCCUCUUCCAGCACAACAGCCACGCAUUUGAUGCCACAGAUGAAGAAGAACCAGUCUGCAAUGAUGGAGAACAUCCAGGCUGGGAAGCCAUCGGACUGGGAAAUGGAGGCUAGAAAACACGAAAGGCCAGAAAAUAUCCUUGCUUCAUCUCAGUUCCCCGAGCAGGAGCUAAAGGCCAUGUCCAUCCCCUUGCAAGCGAUCCCGGAGAUGGAAUAUGAAACUCCCCCAGCCGAUCCAAUGGGAAAUGCUGAGAGAUCUGUCAGGACCUCAAUGGAGCUGCUGCAGGAUGCUAGAAGCUUUGCUCCAAACUAUGAAGAGUUGGACUAUGGGGGGGAAGUUUUCACCCUGCCAGGUCCCUACGAGGACGAGACCUUUCAAAACCUGGCUCUUUUCGAGAACUGCUCCCCGGCCUCCUCUGAAUCCAGCCUAGAUAUUUGCUUUUUAAGGCCUGUUAGCUUUACAGUGGAGCCAGACAGGACAGAGCACGCGUCACAGCCGCUGCCUAAAAGCAGCAGUGCUUACAAGCAGGAGGCGUUUCACAGCAAAGGCAAGCAGCUGAGCAGGUCCCUGAAGGAGUUCCCCAGGAGCACGGAGGGCAUGAGCACUAGACUCUACAGCACGCGGAGCAGCAGCAGUAGCCAGCUGCAGCACAAGCAGGAGAGAAGCCUGCAACCUCACCUGAUCUCGGCAUCAUCUCGAAGCUCCCAAAGGAGCUACUUCCCCCCCCCGAGAGGGCUGGGGGAGAAACAGAGCUUUUUGGAAGUAAGGAGGCGAAAAUAAAAAAGCAACGAGCUACAUGCAGAAGACAACACCAGGUUCUGCCAGAAGGAUGACAACGAACAAACAUCCUUCAGCGAGCACAACCCGCGGCAGGAACCCAAAGGGGGCUUCCGGAGCUCCUUCCGCAAGCUCUUCAAAAAGAAAUGA